GUCCCAGGGGAGGGGCUACACAGUGCAGGCCUUACACAGUAGGGUAGCAGACAAGAGCCGCAACGUUGUGUUGCUCGGGCCGCAACCAUUUGAACCUCCGGACUGCUAUUAAAAUCCCCUUCCUUCCCACCUCCUCUCCCCUCCCACUCUCUCCUCUCUUCGUGUCACCCGUUCCGCCGUCAUCCCCAACCCGGUUGUACACGCAAGUUCCACCAUGUCAUUGGAAGAGAAAGGCGCCGCUGGCGCCUCGACGCCCGAGAAGGAUGCGUCGCCAGCAUACAACUUCGACGAGGGCGCCUCCGUCCGCACACGCGACCAGGAGGACUUUCUCACGCGCAAUGGCUUGAACCUCCGUUCCUUCCAAAAGAGGGAUAUGGGCUCGGGCGUGGUCGACUCGCUCGACCGCAGCCUAAAGACGCGCCACAUGCACAUGAUCUCGAUUGGAGGCUCAAUCGGCGCCGGUUUCUUCGUCAGUUCCGGCAAGGCGCUCAACACGGGCGGCCCGGCCUCCAUGCUGAUUGAUUUCCUCAUUGUCGGCGUCAUGAUGUUCAACACGGUUUACGCUCUGGGUGAACUUGCCGUCAUGUACCCCGUCUCUGGUGGUUUCUACACAUACUCGACCCGCUUCAUCGACCCGUCCUGGGGCUUCGCCAUGGGCUGGAACUACGUCAUGCAAUGGGCCGCCGUCUUACCCCUGGAACUCACGGUCUGCUCCUUCACGAUAGGAUACUGGAACCCUGAUAUCAACGUUGCUGUCUGGAUCACGGUCUUCUUCGUCCUCAUCAUCAUAGUUAACGUUUUCGGAGCUCUCGGUUACGCCGAGGAGGAGUUCUGGUCGUCAGUUCUCAAGCUGGGAGCGAUCGUUGUCUUCAUGAUCCUUGCCCUCGUCCUGGUCUGCGGCGGCGGUCCCAAAGAUGGUCGCUACGGCGAGUACUGGGGUGCCCGCCUCUGGUACGAGCCAGGUGCCUUUGCCAACGGCUUCCGUGGCUUCUGCAGCGUCUUCGUCACGGCUGCCUUCUCCUUCUCCGGCACGGAGCUUGUCGGUCUGGCCGCCGCUGAGGCUCGCAAUCCGGCCAAGUCGCUGCCUGGUGCCAUCAAGCAGGUCUUCUGGCGGAUCACUCUGUUCUACGUCCUCGGGCUGUUCUUCGUCGGUCUGCUCAUCGCCUGGAACGACGACAACUUGCUGGGGGCCAACCCCUAUGUGAACGUUAACGCCUCGCCGUUCGUUCUGGUGGGCAAGUAUGCCAAUCUGAAAGGCUACGACUCCUUCAUGAACGUGAUCAUCCUGGUCUCGGUCCUGUCCAUUGGCGUCUCUGCGGUUUAUGGCGGCUCACGCACCCUCACGGCCCUCGCGCAGCAGGGCUACGCGCCCAAGAUCUUUAGCUACAUUGACCGCUCCGGCCGCCCUCUGAUCUCGGUCAUCUUCCUUUGCGCGUUCGGCCCGCUGGCAUACGUCAGCCUUGCUGCCGAAGGCCCCACCGUCUUCGACUGGCUUCUUGCCCUGUCCGGUCUGGCCGCGCUCUUCACCUGGGGCUCGAUCUGCCUGGCGCACAUUCGCUUCCGCAAGGCAUGGCUCCGCCAGGGCCACACCCUGGACGAGAUUCCCUUCAAGGCCGUCGGUGGCGUGUACGGCUCCUACCUAGGUCUUUUCCUCAACGUCCUCGUUCUUAUCGCUCAGCUCUACGUUGCCAUCUGCCCCGUCGGGGGCGGCUUCAACGAUGCCGAGGGCUUCUUCAAGUCGUACCUCGCCAUGCCUGUCGUCAUUGUCUUCUGGAUUGGCGGCUUCUUGUGGAAGCGCACCGGCUGGCUCCGCACGGACCAGAUCGACGUCGACACGGGCCUUCGCGAGCAUGACUGGGAUGCCAUCAACGCGUACCGCGCCGAGUUGGCGGCGAUGCCGGCGCUCAAGAGGAUUUUCCACACGCUGUUUGUUUAGGGUUAUGAGAGGAGAUGAGAUGCUGCUGAAAGCAAGCAUCCAUGGAAUCUUUUGUCAUGGGUCAAAAACGUUUUCAAGUUAGGGGGCUAUGUCAUGUUAGCAGUUGAUGAAAUGAUACCACGCUACGAAUAGAUAGCAAGCAUUGUGCGGCGUCUGCGCUGUUCAACCGUCGAGUUGCUGUUGCCGACUACCAGUUACUUGCAUUGUAUUGUACCAAUGGGUUGCUGUUGAUGUUGUGAUAUGGGGAGUGUGCCAGGUAUCAUCAGCCACCACACUACCUG